AUGGACGGGAGCCGCGGCUUCUUCUCCGCCGCAGGCUCAACGCCUAGCGCGGGUGCUCCCCCAGGUGCCAUCAAUGCCGGUUCUACCCGUGCCAGACCUGUGAGCGCCGGCACGCGGCUGCGUCAGAAGCCUGCAAAUGCCGCGGCGCAUCAGGAUUUUUUCGCGUCACUGGGCAUCGACAACGCAUCACGUAGCCGCGCAGGCAGCAACGCCAGUACCAGCAGUAACCGCAGCUAUAGUAGCAUGACUAUGCGACCGGUGUCCGCCUCGGGCCAGGGAUCGACUACAUCCUUGUCAUCUGGCUGGAGACCGCCACCAAUUGGGGGACUAGGCAGCCAACGGGUGACACCACCCCCGCCCAUGCCUUCAGUCGGAUCCCUGAGUAUUACAGGCGUCAACAGGAGCGUCACUACGACCUCGACAAGCUCCUCGACGAUGAGUAUUAGUGGCGGAGGAUUGGGCGUGACGGGAGUGGCUAGUGCGGCUGUAUCGGCCAAUACCGCUCCUGUUACUGCUAGUUUUAACGCAAAGUCGAGCAGAACGACGAAUUCAACUACGACUGGAUCCAAGCCGACACAGCUAUUCUCGAUGGAAGACGCUGAAGAUCUGUAUAGCGAUGAUGGCUGGAAGUGCGACUCGCCCUCGGCGGUGCUUUCGAACCCAGCGGAUGAGACUGAAACUAAAGAGAUGACAACAGCUACAGUACUGGCAGCCGCAGCUGCAGCGGCAGCGGAAGCUCCGGUGGACGAGUUUGCGUGGGGAGAUGAUGACGAUGCAUUCGCAUCGCCUGUUCCGAAGACAAAGACCUCGCCUACGCAGCCACCGGCUUUUGAAAUACCCGCGACUGAAGCAUCUACUGCUAGUACGUUUGAGACGAAGGGGGAGACAGCCAUGGCGCUACCACCUCCGGCAACGAGCUUCUUGACGGAACCAGCGACUGGUGUGUUUGAAUCGACGAGCUUUCACGCUGCUCAGAUGCCCUCGCUGGAAAAGAAAUCGCAGUUUGAGCACGCCCAGGUUCAGUCCUCGUUUGCACCUCCUGCUGCAGUGCCGCAAACUUCGCUUUCUACCGAGGAGACCCAUCCCACGUUUGAGACGAAGAGCUACACAAAUAUGCAGGUGCCGCCUCAGGACGCCAGAUCGCCAUUUGAGCACGUUCAUGCUCAAGCUCCUCCUCCUCUUCUUGAUGUCACGUCGCCGUCGACUUUGUUCCCCACUGAGUCGGCGCAAAGCGUCUUUCAACCGAAUUCGCUCACUGCGACCGAAGAUUUGACUCACACUGCUCCCCCGGCUACAGCCUCCACGGCGGGCGAGUCGUACCAGCAGGAUGAGCAAUGGGAGGAGGACUGGGGUCAGCAUGAAGAAUCAGUGGCGAAGGGAUCGCAUGCACUGGAGACGCGGGAGGUUACCACCAUCAGUACGCUAGCUACCACCACGACAACAACGACAAAUAUUCAGACAGAUACGCUUGUGAAAGCGCCCGUCGAGCUUGCUAGUCCUGGGGGUGCUGCCGGUGAGUUUUGGGGAGAUGGCGAUGAAGACGAGUUGUUUGACCACGAUGAUCAUGCAGAUGAGGACUGGGAUGAGACUGUUAAGGGCCAGACGGCCGCGGUUCAGCACGUGCAUGGAGAGUCUGCUGCUUCCGCUUUUUCUGGACAAGAUACGUCCUUCUCACUUCCGUCUCAGCCGCCGCCGCCUCUUUCUACUCCUGUUGCUGAGUCCCCACCGAAACAGGAAACGUUGCCACUUGAGGCUCAAAAGACGGUGUUUGCUUCCGAGUACCCUGCAUCCGAAGCGACCCAGAUUGCUACCCAAGAAGAAAUAGUUUCAGACGUGGCAGCCUCCCCUGUGACGCCUUCGAAGCUUCAAGAGGAACCACCACGAUUGCAUUCUGCUGAGAGGAGUUUUGAGGCGAAACCAGCUACAUCGUUAGAUACCGAGACGUCACCGUUCUCAAAUGCCAUUGCUACGACUGGCAGCCAAGACAGUGACCCCAAUGUCUUUCCGGAGGCACCUCGCAGCGCUCGUUUCCUGCAUACUCCGACUGGCACUGGUGGUUCCUUUGGACGUCUACCAUCGCCCCAAGGCGAUGGCAACUCAGGCUUUCAGGACGAAUUCUCUGGUGCUGCCGCACACGGUGACGACCAAACCCAGCACAAUUCGAUGGCAUUUACAGAUGGUGAGAGAGCUGAGGGUCAGGAUUCCUAUGAGAACUCGGGAGUAAGGUGGGACGCUGGUUCAUUGCGCUCGGGUGGACAUGAUCAGCAGCACGAGGGCGAAUCUCAUCGCGACACCCGUCAGGGCCAAAGCGAUGAAGAAGAGCGCGAUUCAGUUGUGUCGUUUUCUGGUGAAAACUCAUUUUUCCCGUCUGCGGGACGGCCUUCGUCUCUGUAUGGAGGUUCCCAGUCGUCGUUUGCAAGCCAUCGCAUGUAUCAAUCGUCUGUAGCGAGCACGGAUCAUGAUGGCAGCAGUUCGAUAGCGUCUUUUGGGGUAUCGUCUGCGGGUGCUACAUUUGGCGGGUCGGAGCAUGUCAGUGAAGGUGGCGCUUUUUCGGACGGUACGGUGUCUGAAACACCGAGUAUGGUGGACUCAUCCAACGCUAGUACAGCUUUCGGUACGGAUUACCCAUCGGUAAGUGAAGGUCAGUUCUCGGCGCCUGGGACGACAAUCGGUGGUUCCGACAAUGGCAGUGACGGGGGAUUCUCGGAUGGAAACGCGUCUGAAGCAACCAGCAUGUGCGAGUCUGUAAACACGAACCCGCGACUAGUCUCGGAGUUUAACUCAACGCGUGGUCACUACGUGACGGAAAGCAUUGAACGUCGUGAAGUGCAGGAACCGUUUGCAUCAUCUGCGCCAGACUCCGACCCGGUAGCUGCGUUUGGAGAGUCUGAACCAGCCACUGCCUCUUCGAUGUUUGGAAAUGAUUCGUCGGCUGAUGCUAAUCCAUUUUCAAGCUCACCGAGUACUUUCCCUCCAUCUCAGCACGCGACCAGAGCACCACCUGCUGCGUCGACAGAUUCCAGUUUUGAUCACCAGGACGGAGACGCUAUUAAGGAUGAGAGCGUUGAGAGUGCUGCGUCGCUCUUUGGUGCCACUGCUGGCGCUGAUGUCCCCAAUCCAUUCAGCUCGUUUGGUGCGUCGCCUGCUGCACCACCAGCAGAAACGAAGCCUACUGAGGAGCAUGAGCUCCAAUCUUCAGAUGCAGGUGAUCUCUUUGGCUCGGGUCCUUCUACAAGUGCAUUUGGUCAGCCGGUGCCGCACUCAAGUUUCCAGAACGAUCAGAUCCAUUUGCUUCGCGAGGUGGUAGUGCUCAACAUGGCUUCGGAAAUGCCGCUCCAUCUGCUGGUAGCGUCUUCAGUGCUGGCGUCGAUCGUGGCUCCUCGCACUUUGGUGGAAGUGCUCAGGCUUCUGCAGAUGCUGUCUUUGCGUGAGACGAGCGUCUUCGGAGGGCAGAAUCGGUAUAGCAAUCAAAAGUCGGCUCCCGGGACGCCAGACAGCUACAGCCAGCAACCCGCGACAUCAGCUUUUGCUGGCAGCCCAGCUCAGCCACCACACCAUCAGCUUGGACAAGGAUCGACUUUCGGAACACCAAACAAGUACAACCACCAUGCUGCACCAGAGGUUUUCGGGAGUGCUAGCCCAGCCCAACGAGCGUAUGGUGGACAGCAGGAUUUGAAUCACUCGGACUUUGGUCGAAGCGCUGCGAGGGGAUUGGGCGACCACACGCGGUCAUCGUCUGGAACAUCGGCUGAUGCAUUCUUUGGACGUUCGUCUGUGCCGACAGGAUCAGUUUAUCAGCAACCACCGGCCCAGCCUUCAUUUUCGCGAAGUGGGAGUAAUGCGUCGUCGUAUGCGGACCAGCACGGUGCUCAUGUGUCGACAAGUGCAGCCGGGAUGCGACCUUCAACGCAGUCUCAUGACUUGAACACAUCGUACGGCUCAAUCGACAAUGUCAGUUUGUCGCGUCCAGCUUCUAGCUCUUCAAUGAGUCGAUUUGAAAGCGACACGUCUUUCCAGCUUCAGCAAAAUGUCCAGCACCAUGAAGAACCACCGCGUUCUCCGGUGGAUGCGAACUCAUUCUUUGGUGGAGCUUCCACGACUGAAGCAACAGCGUCAUCAUUCUUUGGCUCUGCUGCGCAAGACUCGUCAGAAGUGCAGGCGCAGCAGCACCAGGGGACUAUUGGCUCAAGCAUGCCGGGCUUUCAGGCCGCUGCACCCGUUCCGCAGCAGGUGCAGGAACAGCAGCAAACGUACCCAGAAACCCACCGCGAAUUCGACAUCGGAGCGAGUACAGUUGCGUCUUCAGUGCCUGCACCUGAAGCGACCCCGACGACUGAUGUCACAGCAACAAGUGGUAUGCCCGCUAUGCCAAGUGACAUUGGACAGCGCGACUCCAGUAAUGUUGGUGCAUUCCAGUCCACUGCUACCAAUAUUAAUGCUGGGCACCUGUCAACAAACACUACGGACCUUGAGGCGUCGCAGUUUGCUAACGACCAAAAUGGUAGUCAGCCUCAAGCAUUCGACGGGUUUUCUGGUUCGAACGCACAAGAUUUCGGUGGACAGCGCCCCUCGUCGGAUUUCUUUUCAUCCUCGCCGGCGCCACAGGCAGAGGCUGGGCCUUCAUCGUAUCAAUUUGAGCAGACAGUAUACCAUCACCAACAAGAGCAACAGGGCCAGGCGCACGGUAGUGCGGCUGUGGGGAUGCAAGUCGCAGAAACUCACUCGUCUUUCCAGCACGCCGGUGCUGGUACGGAUGCCUUGUACGCAGCACGUCCAGGAAAUUAUUUUGACUCUGGUGCUCCUGGAGCUGGCAGGUCAAGUCCCGCUAACUUCUCACAGCAUCAGACGCAACAGUCCAACCAGCAGUAUCAGCAGUAUCAGCAGCAGCAACCGCAGCAUCGUGAUACGACUGGAUACGGCUAUCGUGGUGGUGCCGGACAAUCACAAGCUGCAGGUUAUAAUGCUGCUGAUUACGGUACUGCAGUUGGCCAUAAAUAUGGAGCGAGUAACGCACACCAGACGUCCCAUUCUGUCGCAGCGCCUGUCGUGAAGACUAGCAACAAGUUCAAGGACCCUUGUGUCGCCGCUCCAUCGUGUCUUGCGUCAUUCGGCUUUGGUGGCAACGUGGUGACAAUGUUCCCUAAGAGGAAACUGCGACUGAAUAUCGCAGGAAGCAGCUUCCGCAACAGUCCUCGAGGUCCCGCAACACCGUCUGCGUUCGAUAACGGUGGCAAAGGUGAACUUCGCAAAGGACCGGUGAAUUUGUAUCGCAUGGACCAACUACACCCGAAGAACAAGGAGUUUGAACAGAUGGACAUGUUCCCUGGCCCGCUGACGGAAAACGUGUCUGACGAGGCAAUUCUAGAGUACCUGAAUGACCGACUGAAGCGUAGCGAGGCACCUACUAGUAUUGCUGAGGCUGAGGACGAGAACGAUCGCUUGCUUCUGGGCAUCCUGCGUGUCAUGGUAAAAUGCAAUGGAAAGUUGCGCUCGGAUCCUGGCACAUUGAACCCCAGCGAUCCUGAUUCGCCAGAGGCUCAAUUGAUCGCACUACUCAGUGAAAGCAGCAAGCGGCGAAGUGGUAACCAGCUCCCAACGUUUCCGCUUCGGAAGCUUCAACCUGCAACGCACCCGGAUCUGAUGCAGAAGCAUGCAAACGAACUACGCGAACUGCUGUUAGUUGGUGACCGUAAGGGUGCGGUCUCGACUGCUAUGAGCGCCCACAUGUGGCCAGAGGCUAUGCUGAUCGCUUCGUUUACCGACAAGGAAGAGUACAAGCGAGUCCUGCGCACCUACUUGGACGAAACAUAUGCGACGGGGGAUCCAAGCCGCGCCUUGUUCAUGUCGUUCGCGGAUCAACAGGAGAAGAGCGUGCAAGAACCGAAGCGUCUACUGCAAACGAACAUCCAGCAGUCGUCGGAUUCUCUCGUGCUGUCAACGUGGGUCUCGCAUGUUCAAGUUCUCCUGGCCAAUCGGACUGCAGACACUAACAAGAUCUUGACGGAACUCGGAGACCGGUUAUGGACCGAAGUUAAUGCCGUUGCUGCAGCCCAUGUAUGCUACUUGCUAGCAGGAAUUCAAGUGGAAGCGCCCAUGCCGACGUCGAAAAUGGCGCUCUUGGGUGGGGACCACCGCACACCAACAGAAGCGAGAUUCUACGUGUCGCCUGGAGCGGUGCAGCGUACGGAGGUGUAUGAAUGGGCCCAGAAACAAGCUAAGGGCGCCUCGGCAAACCUGAUGAUUCCUUUCCAAGGCUACAAGCUUAUUUAUGCUAUGCUGUUGGCGGAUCACGGGAAAAUGGAGACUGCGUUUAAGUAUGUCACGUCCAUGCUGACGGUGAUCAAGGCGGUGACGGCGACGAUGAAGCCCGGGACUUCCAUGUACUUAGAAGGCAUGCAGAACCAGCUCACAGUGCUGGAUGACCGAUUGCGCCAACAUCUCGGUCAAGACCGAGUGGCCUCAGUGGCGGCGUCGACUAGUAGUGGAAGUCGCAAGCAAGGCAAGUGGGGUCUGGGUAGUGCGUUGAGUAUUAUGGGCAAAAUCGUGAAUCGCGUGGUGGAAGGCAACGACUCCAGUACUGCCGCGUCUACGGGUCCGAGUGCAUCACCUGGUGGUUUGUACGCGAACGAGGCGAAUCCACCAGCAGCGAACUACCCGAGCACUCCAUCUGUGCCGGCAUCGACCUCGUCGCCUGCACCAUCAUACCCGCAGCAAACCCCGCCACCUCAUGCGCACAUGACGCCACCGCCUAGUUCGCAUGGACCUGUGCCUACCACUUCCUAUAACCACGCGACUCCACCAGUGUCACAAGGAAGCGGCCCGGGCUCGUCGAAUGGCUUCAACCGUCCUUCGGUGGCGUCACCUGCAGGUCCCUACGCGAGACAGGCAUCCAGCAGCAGUAUCCCCCCGUCGGGCCCGUUCUCCGGUAACGGGCGUCCAGGUCUUCAGCAUCAGUCGCCUGGCCCGUUCUCGGGGAAUGGACGUCUUGGUCCUCAGAAGCACGGUUCUGUGCCAUUGAUGCGGAAGCAGCACUCGAUGGAACCUCCUGGAAGCAACCACAGCACGCACAGCAGUAGUAGCUUCCACGAAAUGCCGUCAGCUAUGAACAAUACGCCGCAGUAUCCGCCUCAGCAGAUGCACCAGCAGCCUCCGUCAUCGCAGACGUCGCAGCACUCCCAGUACUCGCAGCAUUCACAAGGCACACCGACAGCACGCCCGGCAUUCCAGAAACCAGCUCCGUUGGAACUGCCAGGCGACAUAAGCUCUUUGAGUCAGCCUAAGACAUUAGCGUCUGGGUUGGUCUCUGAGAUGGCUGCUUCGCUUCCGCCUACUGACGCUGCCGCGAUGAGUGGUCCAUCAAGCGAUAAGGGCAAGGCAAGUCCCAAGCUCAAGGCCAAGAAGUCGGGGCGCUCCAAGACCCCUCCACCUAGUGGAAGCUCGAAAGGGUCGGGUUGGUUGUCUGGUUUGUCGUCUUUUAUCGCCACAAAGAUGAAUCCUGAAGCCAAGGUGGCUAAGCUUGGCGAACAGAUGGAAGCCUACUUUGACGAGGAUGCCAAGCGCUGGAUAUUCCCAGGCGAGGCUGCUGCAGAGGAGCCGACGAUGCCCAGCGCGCCGCCUACUGGCCCGACGCCUGCCAGCGCGCCUGGAUCUAGCGUCGGCGUUCCUCCGGUUGGCUCAAACUCGGCCCCUGGCUCGAUCAGCUCUGGACCUGCGCCUAGUAACGACCCGCUAGCUGCGCUCAUGGCUCCGCCGCCGUCUCACAUGUUGAUGAAGAAGGAUCCGCUGGCUGCCAUGAUGGCGCCACCUUCACGUCCAGGAGUGUACGGCGCUCGUCGUGGUGGGUCGACUGCACAGCACAAACCGCCGCGACCGCAGUUUGCUGUGUUCAAGCCCAGCGCGCAUACUCCGAAUGAACCGAGCGAGUAAAAAGUAUCAACUAAGAGAGAGGGACGACCAUUCUAGGGGCCAAAUGCAAGCAAGUAGCUCUUGCAUU